CCCGUGCACAUGCCGAGCUUAACGUAACACAAGCUACAGAUACGUUUCAUCUUGCCAUUGCGGGCCUAGUGCUGGUGCUCCUUCUCUUCAGAGAUGUCGUGCUUUGGUGGUGAUCCCAACUUCUGCCCAGAAUGUGGGAGCAUUCUUCCUCUCCCAGGAAUACAGGACACGGUGCGCUGCCCCCGCUGCUCCUUCUGCAUCCCUGUAACAGAGUUCGCAGGCCAGGAGAUCUGCUCUACAGUCAUCUUCAACCUUGUGGAGCAGUCAUCGCUGGCUUCAGAGGUCCAGGAGGACUCUCAACUGAAGGGACCUGUGAUUGACAGACGCUGCUCUCGUUGCAAUAAAGAGGGGAUGAUUUACCACACCAGACAGAUGAGAUCUGCAGAUGAAGGACAGACUGUCUUCUUCACCUGUACACACUGCAGGUAUCAAGAGAAGGAGGACUCCUGAGAAGAAAUCUGGCUCAGAUCUCUCCAUUCAUCUCCAUGCAUCUGAUUUCAUGUCUGUUAGUGUUGGUUUUAGAUGGUUGGAUGCUUUCUCAACACAUUGGACUGGAUUGAAAAUUGUAAGACGCAAACAGUCAUUGGGCCUUUCACCUCUACUCUGUACAAUGAGGCUGUGCACUGCAGAGCAUCACAGUGACUGUUCCUGGAUUAUUGGCAUUCACACUGAUGGUGUGUAAAGUUUGCUAAAUAAUCUUAACUCAGGGUCUACUACUGGCGCUUUUCCCCCCAGAACUCUUUCCUUUCCUAUCUCCUUGAUGAUCUUGUACUGAUGAAUGAGUGAGAUAUAGCUGACAGCUGCAGAAAGUGCUCCAAAGAGGAUUUUUUAAACUACAGUCAAGAAUGAACUUUAAUGCAGAACAAACUUUGUUUAUUUAAGAUGUAACAAUUAUACAGCUGAAGUUGUUUCUAAUAAAAUGUUGUUAAAGCUAUAUUAUUAUUAUUAUUAUUACUAUUAUUAUUGGCCUGUUGGAGCAUCAAACAAGCUGUAAACACAACAUUAACAUAUUAUCAUCUUGGAAACUUGUUGUGGUGAAUGUGUUAGUAAAACAGUUGCUACAUCGAACAGAAACAAGGUGACAUUAUUUAAAGUCUAAGGAGGGUUGAAUCUAGAGCAAUUCUGUCAAUUCAACGAUUCAACCCACCUUGGAUAACCCUGGAUGACUGAGGGUCUCCACAGACAUGAACUGGAGUCGUGCUUGUUUUCUCUUGAUGAAAGUAAGUCCAAUACUCUCUCUGUGUUAGCUUUGUUUUGGUUUCCAGCAGUUCCUGUGAAAAUGAUCAGGCUUUUUAUCUGCUGGUGUUGAACAGAUAUUGGAGCUUUUUCACUGAAAACAGUUUCCUGCUGCUGUUGGAAGUGUAGUCGGUGAGAGUUGAGUUUUUUACUGUGGACAGAAAUCUAAUCACACUAACAGGCACAACUCUUAUAGCAUAGUACAUAUUAACAACAGAUAGUAUAUGUACAUGAUACAACACAGUGGAUCUAAUAAUAAUGAAAGUGUAACUAAUAGUAAUAGCAGUUGCAGUGGUUGUCAGGCAGGGCCACGG